GCAGAGGACGAUAUAUCGAGUGGUUGUUCGCCGUGGAUAGCUAGGAAAAAUGGCCAGAUGUCUGGCCUUGAUCCUGGCCACAAUCUUGGCGACAGUUCAGGCGCGGCCGGAUGAUGAAAUAGCAACCGAAGAAUACGUCUUUAAGGAGCUUCCGCCAAAUGUUGAUGCCCCAGCACACCUUGUCAUAAGGGACACAUUUAAGGGCAAGGUCCGAUUCGUGGAGUCCUCCGAGUUCAGGAUUCACGUUAAUGUCACAACCCCAACAGUGAAGGACCUGUCGACCAUAAAAGUCGACUUCAGCAACAACUUUGACAGUGCCCUCUUACAGAUAUAUCAAGUCGUUCCAACCGAGUAUGACAUCAUUCCGUAUGUUAUAGCAGCCAUCUUGGGCGCCUGUAUCAUCGCGCUGAUCGGAGCGAUCGUGUUCGUAAAAUGGUGGGAUCAGAACCGUCGUCCAUUCAUCAAGACAGUCGACAUGAGGACUGAGCAUGAGAUGUACAGGUCGAGGUCUCUAAGGGAUAACCACUGGAGGUCGAGGCCUAUACAGAUUGUUGAUGCCCAUAAUGCUAGUAGGGGCAAUAGGGGGCCAGCUCCCAUCUUUCAUCUGGCCUCCCCCGAUGGGUUAGUCCCCUAUUAUAUACAGACCCAUACAGUCCCAGCCGGCAUAGAAAACUUCACGGCGCCGCAGAGCGAUGGCGCCACUGUGCACCACAAAACAGAAAGUGACAAUGAGGACGAUCGCAAGAUUCGACCAAAUCUUAUGCUUGACCUUGACCUAGAGAUGCAGUCUCGAGCAAAGAAAAAGAAAAAGAGGAAACCUCGUCCACAGGAUACUGAUGAGUUUGUCUCGAGCGAAGAAGAGAACGUUGGACGCCAAAUCGUGCGACCACCAGGCAGGAAUAUUGCCCUGUCUUCUCGUAAGGGGGCGUCGGACGAGGGGUCUGGUGCAGAGAGCUUGGAUCUGAGGCUGAACCCAAAUAUGGCGGGGCAUGUUGAGCUUCUUACGACAAGUGAUUCAAAUAACACCAACUCGUUUGAAAGUGUGGGCGAGAAAAAGAGGCGCAUGAAGAAUGGUAGAAAGGAGGGUGACCCAUUCUUUCCCCUUGACGGCGACUUCUCUGAGACUGACACAAACGGAGAACACGAAGAAGACCCCUUUGAUGAAGACGACCUAGACCGGGUGCUUUCAAAAGCCCGACCUCCAACAGAAGUGACGAUGAAACGCAUCACGGGAGAGUUUGAACCACUAGAGGCAUUGGAAGAGUUGUCAAGUGGCUCAGGGGAUGAUACAGAGUUCCCACCUCCGCCAGAAUUUCCAUCGCCUCCGCCGCCAUUGUCGAUGUGCGAGACUCUGCCCCUGCAGAGGAAGAGCAGCAUGAAGCGGGCUAGCGACAGGAGCCCUACUAAAGAAGAAGGCAAAAAGGAAAAGCGUGUCGUCUGGCAGAUGGAAGCCGCAAACAAGUCCAAUCAGUGUGACUUCGACCCUGUGACUGGCAAGUACACUGGAUGCCACCAGGGGACCUACCCGGGUAGUGGGGGCGCUGGGUGCUCACCUGGUCCUGGAUCUUCAGUCGCGCGGCGAUGCUAUGCGGAAGAAUCACGAUCAUUGGAUGGGUGUAGUAGGAAGAAGCCCGGUUAUUGUGAGCCCGAGGUUUUCGUCUUGGGAAGUCAGCCCAGGUCCCUGGAGUGUAAUAGAAACAGUAAUGGAACCAUCAGCAGUAGUAGUACAAGUAGCGUCGUCACGGUUAUCAAUAACGAACCGGGAUUCAAGCGGAGUCCGAGUAACUCCUCCAAUGGGAAUAAAAGUUCGAGUCCGACUGGUAGCUCUGGCUGCAAGGGUUCAAACUGCAGCGGGACUGGAAAUGGAAAUGGGAAACCAGUUAUGCCGCCGAAACGGAGUCCACCUGGCGUGACUGUGUCUGGUAGAGAUAGCCCAGCUCGUGGUGGUCCAGUAACUGCACCACGUGUGGGCCCAGCUACUGCACCUCGACCAGUAACGGCACCGGUCCCUCCUCCCGGGUCAUCAGGACGUGGGAAACCUCUCGUGCCGAAACGUAACCCGGAUACUACGCUAUCCCAUAACACACCACCAGCUAGUCCGCUAACGAGCCCAAGCCGUCGUAACCCAGGACCACCACUGACGGCAAAAAACUUGAGCGAGCUGAACGGAGGACGCCACCCCGACCAUGAUCAUGAUGACUGUUCAGCUCAAGAUAUGGCUUUCUCUUCCAACCCAGGUGAUGAUAGUGGCGUAGGUUCAAGUAAUGGAGACACAGAUACGAGUAGCGGUCAGAGGUCAACAGAGAGAAUACCGAGAACCGUAGGAACGGGGUCGGCAGCUGGGGGUGUGGCUGCAAAGAAGCAUUUCAUGAUGACGUUCACGGUGUUCGGCCUCCUCGGCCUAAUAGGUGGCGUGUACAGUCAGCUCAUCACCCAGCCCGAGAUCACAAUCACAGUCUACGCACCAAGGGGCAUCAUCAAGAGUGGGUCCGAGGUGUACUCAAAUGUUGAAAAACCCUCGCAGGUCGAUACGUCAGAUUGGCACAAGACGACACAAAUCGUUUGGUAUGAAGUGAAAGACGCAUAUCUACCCAACCCAGAGAAGUUCAGAAAGACUUGCAUCAAUACGCGAUGUAACCAAGGCUGUGAUGUGAGGACGGGCGAGUGCUUGUGUCCGAGUGGGAUGGUCCCUGAUAAAAAGACACCAUCUUCUUGCAUAGAUUUGAAUGAGUGUUCAAGCAACCGAGCCCAUCGAUGCAGUCCUGAUGCUGUCUGCAGAAAUGACCCUAAGAAGCCAGGAACAUACGAUUGUACUUGUAAAUCCGGGUUCUAUGGAGAUGGUGAAACUUGUAAAAAGCUUCCAGAGGGCGUUGUGGUACAAGUUAAAAAGCGCUCCGCUGAUGACCCGCACGAUUUUGAAUUCGCCAAUGGUCAUAGUCAUGAUUGUCAUACUCCGUGUGAGAAAGGUUGGUACGAGACUGAGGACUGUAAGGACGGGAAGCAACGCAAAGUCUGCAGCCCGUGUACCAAAGGUUGCCCGCCAGAAUCCUUUAUCACCAGGAGCUGUGGUCGGAAAAAUGACAUUGCCUGUACGGCCUGUGCAGCACGAUGCGGAGUCAAUGAAUACGAACAUUCACCAUGUUCUGGCAAAAGCAACCGACUUUGCAAGGAUUUAUCGAAACUUAAAUCACCGGGUGGCACAAACAAUGUCAAGUACGAGGACAUGAUGAAAGUGAGGGAUGUGAAGUCUAAGGCAUUUACGUUCAUAGGAGGAAACAACAGCACCAUUACAUUGGACAGAGGUUCUGGCUAUCAGAUACGUAUCCAUCUGUCGAAGUUGAAUCUGUCACCAGAGUACAUUGCAGUCAACCACUCCAAGUACAAUGACAAUGAGGCCUUCAAAGGGGACACCCAGAUUAAGUCAGAAUACUGCCCGUAUCCCAUGCCAGAGAUGUACGACCUUGGUGUCCUUGUUCAUCACAACGUGACCACCAAGUCCACCCUAAAUGUCUGCCCAAAUGGGGAGGACUGUGCCCUUGAAACUGGCUACUACAUGGAUCCCUACACAUCUUGCACGACCUUCAAAGUCUACGGAAGACUUCCGAAUUUCCGCUCACGUGGUACAAUACCCUGCAGCCGAGCGAAUCAGAUGACUGAUAUUUUCAACGUCAGUCCGGAGUUGAAGAAGACAGAGAUGCUACUUGUCGACCGUGUGGCGAGCGCAGAGAGUUAUAUCGCAAAGAUUUCAAAUUCAACUCACUCCUAUACUCUGAACCAGUGCGACAAGUUGCGUAUUUCGUGCCAGGCGUGUUCUGACCAGUGCGGCCGCAUGAUCCAAAGCAAGCCUCCCAGCAGCUCCUGCGCAAUCACACCCGACGAGUCGGACAACGGUUACUCACCGCGCCUGGAGUACUGCUACACGUGUUGUGCAACUGAUAACUGUACCAACUUGUGUAAUGGCUAUUAUGCUAAGGAUUGUAAACCGAUGAGGUGCAUCUCAGGCAACAUCGCCGAGUUCCAACUGACUCCUCUCUACCCUGUCAAGAAGAAGAACAAGUUCCACUGCCACAUCCAGCCGAAACAGGGCCAGGUUGUCUAUGAGUUGGGGUACAGUCUCAUCAAGGGUGGUGUGGUCGUUGCCAAUUUCUCAACUAGCCGAAUUCAGGAUGGUCCAUACAUCAAGGAAGGUAUAGACCAGCACAACUUCUUGAACAUCCACUUUGGUACCAAGAUCGACCCGCAACCUAAUUUGGUUGAGGGAUACUCCGGGGAGAGACGCCUGAAGACUGGGUACUAUGAUGACAGUGGGUCUCCUAUUGGUAGUGCGGCUAUCUCCAGUGGCAAGCUCAAGGUCAAACCCUUGGUGCCGUUUGGGAUUAAUUCACAGAACUGGGGUCAGUUUGAGUGUAACUCGACUGUGAUGUCAAAACUUGUCAUAGCGAAUUCAUCACCGUUCCGCGCCAUCGACACGCUAAACGUGGAAUUCCUUGGCAUUGGGAAAUACCGUAUUCUGAAUGCGUCAGAACCUCCGUUCAUCUUCUUCACCAUUCCCAAGGCGGUGUCCAUUCUAGAGACGUUCUAUAAGAAGGCAUCGGUUCUGAGGGAGAGUCUAAGUGGGCGGAUUCUGAUCGAAGACAACAACUGGUUGAUGAAGGUUUAUGGUGAGGUGGAUAAGUGCCCAGGUUUAUUCAGAGCAACAGUGCGAGAUAAGGCAUACCCCUCCGUCAUUCUCUACGACCAAGAAGUCGCGGUGAAUUGUCCGUAUAAGUUCAAUAUCCAGUUCAACAUACCGGCGGACAUGAAGGUUCCCAUCAACAAAACGUUCAUCAUUGAGAUCAAGGACACGUUAGGCAAAGCACAGGUGACGUUAUUCCGGCCGGCGGAGGAGCCUCGCACACCUAUUAGAGUUGACAUGGCAGAUGAGCGACUUGAGCCUGUGUUCCCGAUGAGGUUCCCCAGCAAGGUGUUGGCAGCGCUCGUCAUCACCAUCGGGGUACUGUUAUGUUUGCUGGUUGCUGGACAGGUGACAAAACCAAAACAUAUCAAACAGAAAAACAACACUUUCAAGAAGAGUCACCUCGUGUUCCUAGUGUUGUAUGUGGUGUAUAAGACGGCCUACUCCUUGACAGUCACUCUCACUGUGGUCUUCUUCAUAUGUCGAGCCAUUAGUGUCAACCCAAUCAAAACCAUGCAGCAAUACUACCGUCACGCCGACCAGAUCGUCUUACGGCAGUAUGACGAAAUAGCAGACAUGAGAAGCUUCGUAGACAAGGAGCUUGAGCGCCAGAAUGCGAUGGUGGACCAUACUAAACGUCAGUGCGAAGACCAAAUGAAAGCCAUGCAUAAGAUCUUCGAGCAGGCAAUGCAUUCUAUUCCCAUGAAGAGCGCCCAGACCAGAAUCCAGCUGGCUCUGAGUACGGCCGCAGUUCAGCAUACCCGACGAAUGGUCCAAAACCUCACACUGACUCUGAGAACAUUCAGAGAAGAAUUUAACCGCUACGCUGACGAAAUGGUCUUCAAUCUGAUACGGGACAUACGCCAGACUUAUAAGGAUGUUGAAAAGAAUCGCUGGUUGUCUGCUGCCCGGAUGAUUCAUGAUAGCGUGCGGCAGACCAGACGUAAUCGGGGCAAGAGUCUCAUCAGGCCAUUCAUGGACUGGGUGGGGCUACAGACAGAGCUGACUCAUCUUUCAGCAGACUUGAAAAUGAGGUCCAAUAUCCCAAUGCCAAACGUCAACGACUUCCCAAUCCCAUUUGUUCAGAAACCUCAGUUCCAGUUCACGCCUGUGAAACCUUCAGACGUGCGUCUUCCUCACAACAUCUGGUUACUAGAGAUGGAAAAUGAGACGCUCUCGUACAUCAGCCAGACAGAAAGUCUACCAUCAGCACGCCAGAUGUCCGACUUGAGCAUCGUAAACAUCAAUUUGAUUUUGGCGGUUCUUCUUGUCAUCGACUUCUUGUGGCUGCUGCAUCGGAUUGCGAGGACGUUUGAUUGUUCAAAGGAGAUUUUGUAUGGUUAUCCUGUGGAGUUUGAUUGCAGAGGCAAACUAGAAGUUGAUCAGAAUUCCUCCAGUCAAACACACUGUGUUGGCAAAUGUCUAAAUUCUGUGAAGAGGACGGUCUUACUGACUGUGAAGAGUGAGUUCCUGCCCAAGAUGGUUGGUACAUGUUUCGCUGUGUUCAUGAUCCUCUUGUUCCUGGGACAUUCGGAGAAGCUCGUCACCCUUGAUACGCUGGAGAAGUUGGGAUAUUUUGACACUUUGGUGACCCCUCUCUCAACCAAUCACAGAAUAGCAAACACCCGAGUAUCCUCAAACGCAGAUAGAAUAAACAAUGUUGAUCUCCGAUUCUACGAGCGUUCUGUCGAUGCCCGACUCCAGCACUACCAGACGCUACUGCAGACUCACAAUAGACUUCAUUGUGAGGAUGAAUCAAAACUGUGUGAUCAGUUCUGCAAGUGGUCAGGUGACACGAGAGUCUGUGAUAAGUGGAGUUAUGAGACUGUGACGGCCAAACUUAGUGGCUGUCAACUCCCAAGAAUUAUACCAACACUUUAUGGAAAAUUCGAGGAGUAUGCUUACAUAGCCAAGUACCGUUUGCAAUCAGCAAAAUAUGUCAACGCGGUACGAGAGCUUCUGUUCUAUAUCUGUUGCAUCGUGCUGACCUACAUCCUGGCACUUGGAGUUCUCGAUCUGUUCGGGUAUGUCAUGUGGCUUUUCCUGCGAAGAUUCCAUAUGUUACGCCAACAAAGGGCAUACAUGACUGAUGAAGUAUCACCGGUGCCGAGACCAUCGUGAGCAGCGUGAUAUCUGCCGAGAAAACAGUUCUCAAGAGAUCUUACGAGGAAACACAAUCAGUUGAAUUGUAACGGCGGGAGGUCAAGUCGAUAUUAGACUUUGUGCCAAGAACUUUGCUGCAUAAUAAAUCCAAUGCAAUUCUCUUUGAUUGAUGGCAUCAAAAUAAUCCAUAUUUACCUACUUAAGUCUGUGACACUGAGAUAUGUCAUUCCGUACUGCAUCGGCCAGAAGUAACGUUACCUGCAGUGUGCAACCUUCAGCCAUGAUACAUACCGUACAUGUACCACAAGGCCUACUUAUCUAAUGUAUCAUGCUUGAAUGUUGCAAGCAGUGAGAGAUGAUUCCUCUGACCAGGACUGCAUUUAUUUUCAUCAUUCCAAAAUCUGUUGUACAAAUAUAAUUGUUUAUGAUAAAAUUGAUUUCGUAGAUGAAUAUGCAUGGCUAAAACACUUAUCUUGCUGAUCCUUGGAAGGAAUGUGCCCCUUCUGGAAAUGUACAUUCUGAUACCAAAGUUGUUAGAAAAACAUUAUCCAGUGAUAAAUUGAAAGUACUGAGAAUUGUUCAUUGAUUAAUUAUUUGCCAAAUGUGCUUCAAAUGCAUGUUGUAAGGUGCUACCUGUACAAAACAUGUUUUGGUUAACACUUUUGCACUUUAGAGAUGUAGGUCACCAUUUAUAUUAUAGUCAACAGUACAUGCACUUGUAAUGUGAAGAAUAUGCACUUUUGUCAGUCGACUAGAGGAAAUUAACAGCUCCGUAAAAUGACGAGGCUGUACAUGUAGUUAAGUGGUCGAUAGUUGUUGAUCUCAUCUUUAGAAUUUAUGCUCCAAGUCCAAACAAAAUGGGCCAGGGUUGAACUGAAUUCACCACUCUCUCUUAUCUUUUAUACGGCGGAGCACAGUUUAUUUCAGUGGCAGUUGUGUGUAACAUUGUUAAUCGCCCAAAAAGUUUCUAUCAGUUGAACAGCUCUUAUAUAUCAGGAGGGGUGAAAUUAAAAUGAGUUCUGUAUAUUUGGCACUAACUUCCAAGUUUUUCACGGCGAACAUAUCUAGUCAAGACUCUAUUCUAUGAAUAUACUCUUUUAUAUUAAUGCUGUUUGAUGUAUAUAACGUUGUAUAUAAUUAUCCAUUGUUAUAGAUAUUAUUUCAUUAAAUGUAUUUAUUAUUUAUUUUAGGCCUCUGUUGAUGCAUAGUAAAGCUUACAUGCAUAGAACCUGCUUCUUGCAGAUGAGUGCCGCCAGUGAUGGACAGAACUUCAUCAACUUAUUGGGAUAGCCUCUUGAAUAUCAAAGACGAAACGUCUUCAUCACCUGAGUCUGACCCCCUAAGUUGGCAGAGUUUGAGUAGGCCUACUUCACCCCUUGAGGCUUUUAUCUGAAAGUUACCAAUUUAGGGACAUGAUCCGUCAUUAUUCCAAUGCAUUAUGUUGAACUCCUAACUAAUCCAGUGGUCCUGGGUUCAAACCUUGGAGUUUUCCUCAGUCACGUAAUGUUGGAAGGCACGAUAUAACAGUCAAGCCCUCACUGAGGUCAUCCUGGGAUACAGGUUGAUGACAUCAGGAUGCACUGAGGUCUCCUGUCAAUACUGAAGUUUCACCAAUAUAUGACCGGUGUUCCGAGUAUUCCAAGCCAGAUAUUAUGUACAUGGCCGCCACGCGAUGCCCUUCAACAUGUUCACUUUGUAUGGACAAUGGGUUGGUGGAUCCUAGUUGUCCAGUGGUCAUGAACCAUUUCCAGGCUUGGCCUUCGUUUCGACUUUGCUGUAAUUAGUAAACCAGUCUUAGAUCAGUGAAACAACAGUAAAACUUAACUUGUUGAUGUGCACUUUUCUUCAUCUUCCAAGUCAUUUUUAUUCUCCACGUUGCUUCUGUAACAUACCUUACAAUAUUGUAACUUUGUUGUCGUAUGCAAAGCGAUAGAAUUUGAAAAUAAAUAAAAAUCAUCAUAUGAAA